AUGGCAAAAAAAAUCUUAGAGAAGUUAGAUAUUCUGGAUGAGCAAGCAAAGACACUCUUGGCCAUAAGAGCAAAGAAAAACUGCCUUCAGAGUGAAGUAAAGAAAAAGAUUUCAGUGAUACCCCUGACAUUUGAUUUUCAGUUGGAAUUUGAAAAGGAUAUUGCUACCUCCAUAUCUGAGGCAGAAUCAAAGAUCACAAAAGACAGAUCAUAUGGCAUUAAAAAAACAAAAAGAUAUGUCUCCUUCAAAAAUAUGCCUGAACCUAAAAAGAGUGAUUUUGAAAAGUCAAAUUUAAGACCACACUUUGUACCGACAAAAAUAAAAAUUCAAGAAAUCAAGUCAAUAGAGCCAGUAGAAGAAUAUCUAAAAUCAAGAUCUAUUAGACCUUUUCAUUAUCUUAAGGAUACAACUGAGGCGGAACAUGUUAAGCCCUUCCAUGAACUGUAUUCACAGCAUAGACAACAACAAUGUAGAAGAACAUUGGGUUCUACAAUCUUUUCUCCUGUACCCAGCAUUCAGUCUAAUGCUUAUAAGAAUGAAAAAGACUCUAUUUACAGUACAAAAGAAAAUAAAUCCAUCAGAAAUGAUCAAUUAAAUGAGUAUUCAGUAAGAAAGAAAAGCUUGCUCCCCUUGUGCUUUGAGGAUGAACUGAAAAAGCCAAAUGCCAAGAUAAUCGACAUUAGUCCAGCAAAGACAGCAACUUCUUACACGGAACAAAAUGAUACAAAUCCCAUAAUUUUCCAUGAGACUGGAUAUGUACAAAUGUUACUUUUGACAAAAAACAGGCUUCCUCCCCAUUCUAUGAAAAAUGGAAAUGGUUACCCAUAUAAAAGAUCAAAUAUUGUUUUAGAAAGAAAUUGUGAAAUGCUCAAAUCUGUAGCUAGAGGUCAAUCUAUUACUCUUUCCAAACCCAAAAGAACUCUGCCUACAACACAGAAGAAAGCUAUACAAGCAGUAUCUUUUGAAGUAAGCCGUAGAGUUAUAGAUGAUAAACUAAGGAAGAAAACUAGCGAGCACACAUUUGAAAACAUAUCUUGGAAUAAACUCUAUAACUUUUCACAGACUUUUUCCAGCCUAACAAGAAGAUCUGUGGGUUUCCUUGAUAAAACUGUUAUUCAAGAAAUGAGUGCUAAAACUGGCAAAUUUGAAAAAAUGUUUUCUACAGUAAAACCAAUAAGCAAAUUGAGUGCCUCACCUCUCAAAUAUUGCUCAAAGCCUUCAAAAAAUAUACUCAAAGUCCAUAAAAUAAAUACUGUAACACCAUUGGAUGAUUUGUUAAACUUGUCAAGUAAAAAUUAA